AAUCGGCUCGCUGAUGGCCUCGUCCCACGAUACUCCUGCUAACCAUAGAUCCUGUAACAGAACUUUAGCUUGGAUCAAGACCGGCGCUAACCAUCCCAGUGGGUCAAAGAGUCGUGCAAUUUCGGACAGAACCAAUCGUUUGGUCCACGUGGUUCUGGGGCUCUCCUCGGCGAUGCACGGUCCUCGCACGGCAAUCGAGUCCUUUGUCGUGUCCCACCUGAGACCCAAUGUUCCAUGGACCUCGGGUUCCUGGAAGGUUUUUACCUCAACGAACGGCUUCCUCGAUGUUGUCGGCCCCAGCCAAGAUGUCGUCGACGUAGGCGUUGGUACGGAGCACCUGGGCGGCCAAUGGGAACGCUGCUUCUUCGUCGUCAGCCAGCUGUUUAAGCACCCGAUGGGCCAGGAUGCGGAGCCAAUCCCGGUCGUCUGGAUGCACCAGGAUUUGCCGGAACAUCUUGACGAUGUCCGCCGAGAAAGCUACCCUGAAGAGCCGCCAUCGUGUAAUGACCGCCCAGAGGUCGGUCUGCAGCUUCGGUCCCGGCAGCAGCGCGUCAUUAAGUGAGGCGCUUCCAGCCGAGGUACAGGAGGCGUUGAAGACCACCCGGAUCUUCUGCACGCCGUCAGCAUCCUUCCAAACUGCGUGGUGAGGUAGGUAAUAACCGGCAUCGUCCUCCGCUAGCGGUUUGGUUACCGCACUCAUGUGCCCCAGCCGCUGGUACUCCUCCAUAAACCGAGAAUACUGCUGCCGAAGACUGGGGUCCCGUUCUCGUUUCCGUUCGGCCGAGAGCAGAAUUCUGAGGGCAGGUGUUCUGGAGGUCCCCACCUUCGUCGCCGCAUCUCUGAAGGGCAAACGCACGACGUAACGACCAGACUCUUCUCGGAACGUGGUGUCCUGAAACAGUCGUUCACAUUUCAGUUCCUCGGGA